CGCGCCACGGCCGUCAGGUGGCGACAGCCGGAAAACAGUGGGACGGCGUAUAGACACCCUGCAACGGGACUGUCUCUUUCACGGGGAUCGUCGUCCGCGAUUUUUCUCGCGAUCAUCACGGACCUACGGCAGGAUUUUUGGUCCCCGAGGAGCCCAAUGUGGGUGGAAGUGAGAUGGCAUCCAGGGAAAAGAAACCCUUAGCGCCUUCCAAAUCAAAACAGAAGGCGAGUAAUGACUCUGGCUUGCCAUCCAAUGAGGUCAAGAAUAAGAAAGGCAAGUCAUUGCCAAAUAUAAAGCAGCAGCAGCUUGCGCAAGAGAUUUUUGAUACAGUAGCAACAGGUAGUCAGCUCUCUGCUAAACUAGAGGCAAGCUUGCCACGCAGGAAUGCCCUUAAAAAUCUGAAACGCAAACAGAACCUAAGAGCAGCCAAGGCAAAUCUCAUUAAGUCCAAGGUUACCAAAAAAGUGACGAACAAAAAUAUACACAGGAUAGCUUCUGACAUUAAGAAGGGUGUUAAAACGAAAAGAGUUAAGCAAUCAGACGAAUCAACUGUUAAGACAGUUGAGAUUGCUUCGAAAUUUUCGGAAAAUCAGACAAACAAUAGAGACAACGAAGGCAAAGGAACUGAAACACCAAGUAAAAGUGCCAAGAACAAUCUCAGGACCAAAAAAAUCAAAUCUGACAUUCAGAACAAAGAAGAGGCCAGUGCUACAUCUAGCGUUAAAGUUAGUCCAAAACUUGGCAGAAAGGGAAAAACAGCGGAAAGUCCUGAUUCUUUGUCUAAGAGUGCCAAACCAGCAAAGUUCACAAACUUGAAGAAAAAUAAUAGCAAGGACUAUCUCAUCAGAGUUGUAGAGGAUAACAGAGAUUUGCAAAAGAGUGCAAAGAAUCGAAAGAACAGUGGCAAAGAAUCAGAUUGUGGUAGUAUAAAAAGCAAUUCUAGCAUUGAAAAAUUUUCAAAGGCAGUUUUGGAUGACAAGAAUUCUAUUGAUCUUACUAUAGACGAAGUUAUUGCUUCUUCGAUGUUGAGUGAUUCUGAAACUGAAAAUCAACAAAGCACAGAGAAGACUGAAGGAAAAGUGACAAGGAGUAAGAAAAUGUUAAGAUGGGGUACGAAGAUGAAUGAAGAUAUUGUCUGUGAAAUUGAAAUAAAGAAAGAGCCUGAUACCGAUGACAUGAAAGUUACAUCGGAUGGAGAAUAUACAGAGACAGAUCAAGGUUUCCACUUCCAGAAUGCCAUUCAAUUGAGAAAAAGAUCGAAAGUCGGCUAUAUCGAAAUGUCUCAAAGAAACUUGAGAAAUGGAAGACAACGACAGUUGUCAGAUUCGGGAAAUUCCGCAGAUAAUGAUUCUAAAAAGCGUCUUAUAUUAAACUCGGAUGGGACUAAUACCUCGGAUAAUUUGAUAGAACAUAUCUCGGACUGUAAUACAAAUAUGGAUUCUUGCUUUUCGGAUCCCAAUUGUAACGAAUCUCAGACUACAACUAUGGCAUCGAGCAAAGAAGAGAUUUGUUUGAAGGAUGAAGUGUCCAAGAGUUUUGAGGAGGAAACUGAUAUUGGAUUGGAAAUCGAGAAUAAUAAUAAUAGUGAUCGUAUGGAUAGAACAAGUGAAACGGGUCCGACACUGCGUUCUAAAACUAAAGCUAAAAUUAUUGAAAACGAAGCAACAAAAGAUGACGAUAUUAAAAUUGAAGACACACGAAUAACGCCCAAGAGUGCGGAAGCACAAGAAGAUUCAAAGAAGCUUAUCUUACUCAAAUUUACAGAUAAACCGAAAGGUCGUAGGAGUAGUUUAAACAUAGAAAUGAAAAAGACAGUUAAUUCCUUUUACAGUACAGAUAAAUCUGUGGAUGGUAAUUCAAAAUCGCAAAUAGAUCAAAUGAUUGAGAAUAUUAAAUUAAAUAUUGCAAAAUCCAUUGAGAGCAAAAUAUUUUGUCCAGAGAAGGGUCUUGGAUUAAGCAAAAACUUCGAUGUGCCCAAAAUCGAAGAGAUUGUCGCGCCACUCAGUACAGAAUCGCAAAAAAUGGGAUUAGAAGAUAAUGCCGAUGAAGACAGAUCCAACGUUACGAAAAACGAGAUCACGUCAGAUAGUUCGGAAAAUUCAGUACCAAAAGUGGCCGAUACUGCCAAAGAGAUUGAAGAAAAGCUAGUCAAGUCUGAUAUUGGGGAAGCAGAAACGCAUUCGCAGAACAUCCAGGAGAACAGGGCCUCCGAUAGUGACAAAAUUAAUGUACAUAAUAUUUGUGAAUCUACGCGUAAUAUAAGUAAUAAUAAUAAUAAUAAUGCUGCAUCUUACAACAGUAUGGAUGAAUCAGAAAUCGAGAAUGUUGGUUGUAGUACAGCCAGCAGUGCCUCGGUCAAUUUCGGUGAUAAUGAAUUGAAGACAUUGGACGAGAAUAAGAAGAUUGCUACGAGAAAAUCUUCGAGGAUCAGUGAUAAAAGUUCAGACAGCGUCAGUAAUUCUGAAGCUAGAAGAUCAAUUUCGAGAUUGGAAGAUAUUUCAGCGGAACAUAUACAAAGACCUACGAGUGAGGGCAUGAUUUCAGAGGACACGCUAGCCCGUCAGCUUUCAGAUGAUAAUGCUGCAAUUGCGCUAGUACCUGCAUCCCCUCGGCAAGCAGAGGAGAGACUUACGGAAAAACAUACAGAAGCGAAAGAAUUAGAUACUUCUCUAAACAAUUUGGAAGAAUCAGAAACGCUGGAAAGUAUAUCUCGCGAAGUAGAGAGACUAGUAGCGGAAGAUCAAUUUGUCAACUUAUCAUUACCAAAUGCUACAAAUGAUACAUCAUUAAGCAAAGAAAUAAUUUGCGAUACAAUGGUAUCGGAUAAGGAGUUAGGGAUCGAGCAUGUAAAUAAACAAGAAGCAUCUGCUUGUAGUGACGAUAGUUCUAUGCCGUUAGAGUCAGCUGCCAAUUCUGUAAACGAGAUAUCGUGCGAGAGCCAUACGGAUGGCAAGCUUGUCGAUGCAAUUGAGAUAUUACAGGAGAACGAUGCUUCCUGCAAAACAGCGCAAAGCGCGAAGCAUUCUAAAACAAAUUACGUAUCAACCACCGCAAACUGUGAUUCAAAUAGCGAAUGUAGCUCUGUAAAUUCUGUGCCUGUACGCACGUGCACUCCCGUUCCUCGACAGAACGACGAAACCAAGGAGCUCGAUCGAGGUAACGACUGUAAAGAACUUUUCAAUGAUUUAACAUCAAAUUUAGACAAGAAUGUUUUGGAGCAAAAUUCGGAAUUUAAUGAAACGGACCCAAGCAAUAAAUCAUCAGACAAUAAAGAUCCCGAGGAACAGAAACCUGCCAACGAGAAGAAGAGGCGAGUAUUACGAACUCGCGAUAAGCAGAAGAGACAACAAGUUGCGUCUCGUAGUAAAGAGUACAUCGAUAGCAUAAAAAUCAAGGCAGAGGAAAUUAGUGUUCAAAAGACGCAAAAUUCCAAUCUACAGAGUGAUGCUAAUGAAGUGCCGCAAGGUUCAUCAGCACUGGACAGGACUGUCAUUUCCGAAGGUUCUCAGAAGAUUGAAGAUACUAGUGAUUCGCCUAAUAGCAAUGAAUCAGAUGACGUCCUCGAGUCUCAAUCCCGUACCCGUCGCAGUAGAGACAUGAAGAAGCGUAAGGAGGAACCGCCAUUGUCCAACAAUUCCAAGACCAAGCGAGUUAAGCGAGAUUCGCGAAAGUCCGAUCAGCAGAAUAAAGAGGAGACUCUGCUGGACAACGAAGUUGCCAAGAUCAAUGAGAAUAAUAGAUCCUUCUUGAACAAGUACGUCGAUGCAGAGCGUCCGGACAACUACCGCGAAUUUUUCACGAAGCACGAGCAAGAUGGACUUGACAAGAAGGGACCCAAUGUGCGCAGCAAAUCAGAAAACGACUUAAUGAUCGGCACAAAGAGGUGCAAAAGCGGGGAACGGCAACUUUCGCGAAAUCUAUCCGAGAAUCACGUGUCGAAGCAGACGACUGACAAUAUAGAUAUCCUGGAAAACGAAUGUAAGAGUCCCAAGAUGCCGGAGCUCGUACAGAAGGAUUCCGAUGAGACUUCUACGUCUGGCGAGUCGUCUAAUAGCGAUAUGCCAAAGAUCUUGGAAACGCCUGAAGAUAAAGAAAGAAAAGAGUCAAUCUUGCGAACAUUGGGGCUAGAAUCUUUGGAAGAAGCCGCGAAGAGAUUGCAAAAUCAGCAAAAAAUUAAAAAGGAGCAGUCGUCGGGCACUUUGAAGACGAUCUUCAAGGUAAAGGACAAAGAUAAAGACAAACGGGGAUCGCGAUCUCCAUUAAAGAUGAUCCUCAAACAGGGACGCGGAGACGGAGAGGGGGAUUCACCCGAGUUCUACACCAUUCAAAAGGAGUUUGGAACCAGUGGUUUGGGAGAUAGCAGCUCUGGUGCGAACCGAAAGUUCACUACUAACCACAGACACUCUUGCGAUGACGAUAAUGAAGAUGCUACACCUAAGGAUCGUCAGUCGCUUAUCAUUCCAGAGAAAUCCUCCUCCUUUUCCAUUCAUCCCGGACGCGUGUGUGCCGACGUAUGUUCCUACUGCUUCGGCAAGUUCGGUUCCCUGGACACGCCGAUGCACCUAGCGCAAAUAAAAUCUGAUGAAAGGCGAAAGAAGAUUUUAAACUUGGAGAGACAUCUUACGAAAGAUUCAUGUCUAUGCGAUGCGUGCUAUCGUCACGUUGAUAGGAAGGCGAACACUAGCCCGGCAAAUAUGCAGCAGAAGCCACAGAAGCAGCACAGACAAUUGAUGGUAUCAAAGUGUUCAGCUCGCGAAUGUCGGGAUCCUGCGCGACAUCACGUUAAACGCCGUUGGUUGCUCAAGAUAAAAGCCGCUCUACAAAAUCAGCGUAUCGCUUGCACUUGCAAACGAGAAAUAUUAUUACAGGUUGAUAUAGAUUGGGAGUCGAGUCAGCACACUACGUCGUUCUGUGUUAAUCAUUACGAAAAGAUUGGACGUUUCUUAAUGUGCGCGCUGUGCAAACGCCGGCUCGCGCGAACGCACACCCACCAACUGACUAGCACGGAGAUUGAUGAAUUGAAUCAGCUAGUCGGUCAGCAAGGAAUCCCCGUUUCACUAACGGCCGGCACGUUUGUAUGCAAGCUAUGUCGAUACUUUACGCAGCUACAGCUCAAAUACAAAGAUCUCGAGAAUAUGAACAUGAACCACAGGAACUUCUGUAAGAGUUAUCGAAAGCGGAUCUUGCAUUACCAUGGAAUCGAAGUGGCUGAGGACGAGGAUGAUGAUUCGUCACAGCAGGCAAAUCAAGUCAAGGAUAAAAAGAGUAAGAAAAGCACCAAAAGCGCGCAGCUGAAAAGCGGGAGUUCUAAGUCUCCGGAACAUGUGACGAGCGAUACAUCAGAGAAGUCAACACCGGAACCGAAUAAGAACGAGGGUGUGGGACGUUCGAGCUCUUGCGAAAUGGGUGGCGAGAAUCAUACUACGAAGGCGAGCAGCAACGAAAACGGUGGCACGGAUAUUCAAUAUCUUAACAGUAUCGAGAGCGCCGUGGAGAAUCUGAAGAAGCGUAAGAUUCUCGACAUGCACGCAUACACACCGACAGCCGACGGCGUGACAACGGCGAGUGAGAUGGUUGAAAUUCUUGGGAUGGAUAACGAGGUUACUCUAACGCGACUGCCGAAAAGGCCGAAACUCAAUAAUAGUAACAACAACGACAUAACGCCCGUAGUGCAGAGACUCGGCGCAAAUCCUUCUAUAAGCGUGCGAACGCUUUUUCCAGGCGAAGAGGAGAUGAAUCUUCAUGUCAACAUUGAGUUUCAGAACGUACGCGAAGUAACGCCACAGGGAUGGGAGAAGUGCGCGACAAUGAUUCAAUAUGAUCGCGAAACCAAGCACCUCUGGCAGCAAUUGCAGCGACCAUACGGCAAUCAGAGCUCCUUCCUACGACACCUGAUUCUUCUGGAGAAAUACUAUAGAGCUGGUGACCUAAUAUUGGCACCAAAUGCUUCGCGGAACGCAAUUAACUAUUCCACAUCGGUACAGAACAGACUGAUAUCAUACGAAGGCCCGGAAAAGAUGGACGAACCGAUAAUGGAACCGAUUGCGGCGGAAUACAAUUCGCGCCGUUUAAGCGGUGGCUAUUUAUUGGAAAAAGAUAGACUGUCAAUGCCUGGCACAAGUUCAAUGUCUAAACCAUCAACUAGCGGCAGCGGUAUGAUGUCAUUGCAUUCGACGAAGGUGAAUUCACCGCGGGUACUCAAACUCAACUCGGGAGUAUCGAUUAUCAAAAAACCGCCGCCCAAUCUGCAACGAUUAAGCCUGCCGUCCACCAGCGGCAGCGGAGGAAUUGUCGGUACUGCGAAUGGUGGCGUUAAGCGGAAAGAUGGACAAAAUCUAUCUUCUGCUUACAGCGGCGGCAGCGGCAAAGUGUUUCAAUUGAGCGAACCGGACCUGAAGCGGAUGCAAUCGCUCAACAAACGGCAAAAGCCUAGCGACAGACAGUUUGGUGCCGGAACGAAUAACGGAUCGGUCGGCGGUUCAAGCUCGCCGACAAGCGGCAAUAUCAGAUCGCAUUACCAGAAAACGCAGCUUCCUGCAAUUCCCACUGGCCACAGCCAACAGUUCCAGAGACACUUGCGGAUGCAGCAGGAGAUGCUAAGCCGACAGAGCCGCGGCGAUUUCGAGCCGCUCAUCUGUGACAUGACGCGUUCUGCCGCAAACGAAAACAACUCGACCGGCCAAAAUCUUAUACAGAAUCUUAAUCUGCCCAAGUCUAUCCAGGUAACGACCAAGCCGACGAUGACAUCGUCAACGAACAGUCCGAUUCCGAUUUUACCUAAGAUCCCAAAAUCGUUGACGGUAAUACCGCAGACCGUCACGAGACCCGCUGACAAAUGAGAGAACAAGAGACGCAAAAUGGCAGCGUUCGAGUUGUGCUUACUCGAUCUCAAUUGCUCAAGUGUUCAAUUUAAUUUCGACAUAAAAUCAUGGAUCCUAAGAGUCAAUAAACGUCUCGAGGAUGUUGGAAUGGGUGUGAUUUCACCCAAUUAUAAUGAAAAAUUAUGAAAAUGCGAGUGAAUAAAGGUGCUGCUACGAUAACUUGAAUUAGUAUUUAAUUCAUUGCGCGCGAUAUAUAAUAUAUAAUAAUCACAAAUUAUAUCAGAUUCAAAUUUAUAUCAGAUUCAAAUGUUUUAAAAUUGAAAAGCUGUGCUUUUAUGCAUUAAUAUGUGUAUGUGUGAAAGAGGAAAUGAGAGAAAGAGAAAGAGAGAGAAAAAAGACAAAUAAUGAAUGAAAUACAAUUGUGAAUAUACAGAGCAAAUCUAGGAUUAGGGAUGAAAUUAUUUUGUAAUAACAUAUAAUAUUAUGUGUAAUAUUAAUAUGUAUUAUUAAUUAUAUUCUGAUUUGCUUUUUCCGCAAAAGUGAAAAUGAUUUGCAAUAUCGUGAAAAUCGAGUUUGCUCAAUUGCGAUUGACUGUCGAAAAACCGUAUUAUAUCAAUUGCGUUUACAGUAGCAACAGCUUUCUUCAUUCGUUGUUGUUUCACUUUUUUGGCGACAAAAAGAAAUGCUGAUCGGGUAUAUGUAAACUUGGCAUGAAAAAUAACCGAUUUGUGUGACUGACAAUCACUUUGGCAAUGUGGAGAUUGCGUUUUUGGAUUUCGCCCUUCGAGGGAUUCGAAGCGCAUAAUCCCAUGUUCUUGUCGCGAAGAAAGUGAAACAAUUAAAAUAUUGCGGCCUUGGCAACGAGCGGAUCUCUUCGAGGAGAGCGAAUAAAAUGAGAGUGUGAAAAAGCAAGUAUGUGAUGGAAAAUGGAACAAGUGUCGCGUCACGUAAAAUGUUUCGAUGUUCUUUGCGUGUGCGUGGACGAGAAUAUUUUUCAGAAAAUGGUGAUAUCUUGCCUCUCGCGAGAGGUGAUAUUUUAUUAAAACACGUGGAAAAAAAAAGAAAA